GCUCUCCUUAUCCUAAAGCUAACCUAAAUUUUCCCUAGUAAUUAAAGGUAAAAUAAAAUGACGAAUGAGAAGUGGAAUCUGCAGUGCAUGUUAACAAUAGAUUGCAAUCAGGGUGCUAUUAGAUCUGUUCGAUUUAAUGUCGAUGGUUCCUAUUGUAUGACUUGUGGUUCAGACAGAAAAAUAAAACUGUGGAAUCCAUACCGAAACUUAGUAUUGAAGACCUACUACGGGCAUGGAAACGAAGUACUCGAUUGUGCCUCAUCCUGCGACAGCAGUCGAAUCGUGUCCUGCUCAUCGGACAAAUCAGUCAUUUUAUGGGAUGUAUCAACCGGACAACCUCUUCGUAGGUUACGCGGGCAUGCCAGCACAGUAAACUGUGUUACCUUCAACGAAGAGUCCAGCGUUGCGAUCUCCGGAGGUUUAGAUAAUGCGGUUAUGUGUUGGGAUGUGAAUUCCCGACGAAACGAACCGAUUCAGGUUUUAAACGAGGCCAAGGAUUGCAUAACGUCCAUUUGCGUUUCUGAUACCGAAAUUUUGACUGGAUCUGUUGACUGCUCUAUCAGACGGUAUGAUUUACGAAAUGGUGCAUGUCACGUUGACUUUGUAGGAGCACCAAUUACAUCUGUAAGUUUCUCACGUGAUGGCCAAUGUAUACUAGCCAGUUCAUCGGAUAAUACAAUACGAUUACUAGACAAAAACACUGGAGAACUACUCGGAGAAUAUGUUGGACAUCGUACUAACGAAAUGACCAUUCAAAGCGCCAUUAGCUAUACUGACAAUCAUGUUUUGUCUGGAUCCGCCACUGGGGAAUUGUUUUGCUGGAAUCUUGUAAGUGGGAAUAUUGAACGAAAGUUAUUACAUACAUCGGGAAAAGUACUAAACUCAUUAUGUGUUCAUCCAAAGAAGGAUGUCGUGUUAACUGCGUGUGUAAACACCAUUAAGUUGUGGGAUAAGGCGGAAAAUAUAAAAAAGGAUGAAGCUCUUUCCACAUAAUCGUUUAGGCAUUUUUUGUACAUAUUUGUAUUGUAGUAGGUACUAUACGCUAUGUUUCAUAUCGCCAAGGUAUUUUUUAUUUUCAUACAUUUCAUUUUUGAUAUUUCAGACAAUAUUCUCUCAUUAAAGCAAUUCUGAUCUUCCAUA